GUUGCUUUUUCCUUCCUCCUUUCUGCCACGCUGAAGAGGGACAAUCCGCGAAACGCCACUGAGAAAUUCAAAACUGCUUCGUAACAGCUGGGAACGACACGUCCGACGAUUCUACGAUGUUGGACAAAGAAAAAGGUGCUCGGGCAAUUGGAUAGGAGGUGAACUUGCAUCUGCCAGAUCAUUAUUUCAAGCGCUUCCUCUAGGAAGAAACCUCGAGACACACCAUCCUCGUACCUGUCACAAUGUCGUCCGAUCUGCUCGCAGAAUUCGACAGCUUCUACAAAGCUCCAGGAACUACGCAGCCAAACUCGACCCCCUCAUCGAACGAUCUCUUCUCCUUGAGCAGUCCGGAUCAAGGUGGAAACACAUAUCAACAGCCAGCUAGUACAUCACAAUGGAACACUGCUGCAGUACAACCUGCCGGGGCUAUAUGGGGGAGUUUUGGAAAUGCUCAGCCCGUGAAGCCUCAACAACAACAGCAGCAGAAUACAUCACAAGAUGAUAUUUGGGGUUCUUUCGAGACAAUCACUCCUCAGCAAUUGUUGCCCUCUACCACGAGACAAAACCAGAAUGCGUUCAGUGCGACAACUUACAAUGGAUCAAGACCCAGCGGGGUACGUCGAUCGACGCUUGAUAUGUUUGCAAACAACAUGAAGGACCCCGACUCGCCUCCGCGCACAAAUCUUAAAACGAAGGAAGUUCCUCCUUCGAGGCCAGUUCCGAUACGGAAGAGUUCCUCUGGGGGAGAUAUUCUUUUUGACGCAGCCGACGAACUCUCUGGUGACCCCGAAGACGAUGAUGAAUUUGGAGACUUCGAAACGGUCACAGUUCCUAAACCUCAAGCAUAUCCACCACCUUCAGAGUCUUUGAACGAGCUGUUCAGAGCUACAACUAUUGAACCCAAAACGUCAAAGAGACCUAAAGAAUUACUUCCUACUCCUAGCAUGCUGAAUGCAGGUACUCUUCCAUAUCCACAGGCUCCAAAAUCUCCGUCUUUCAAGGAAAGGAAUCCGUUCGGUGAUCUAGGUCUAGCUACGAAGCAGAUAUCCGUAGUGAAGAAAGAGGAUAAGCCAAAAAGUGCCUCGCCUGUCACAGCAUGGCCCUCAUUCGAAGCCCCAAAGCCGGCGCCUUACCAAGAUUCUCCUGCAGUACCUGAUACAUUGGACGAGGAAUGGGGUGAUUUUGCCGACUUACCUCCCGAAACACCUGCAGUGCCGUCUGCAAGACCAACUUCUGGCAUCGAGGCAGAUGCUUGGGCUUGGGAUUCAGUCGACAAAGUCACAGAAACUGCUCCAUCUGUCGAUACAGCCGCUCCUCCUCCGUCAAACGUCCCACCGCCUUCCGUGCUACUAUCAUUAUAUCCAGGCUUAUUUGACUUACCACAAUCGACUUUGUUCAAGGCAGUAGCAAACCAGCCUUUCUCACUCAAGAAUCGAAUCAUUUCAGAUCCUUCCACCGUUGAGUUCUUGCGAGCAUACCUCCUUAUUGCUACUGUUGGCGCACACAUUCUUGCUGGGAGAAAACUACGUUGGAAACGAGACACUUUACUCUCACAAGCCAUGAAGAUAGGCCCUGCGGCCGCUGGGGGGAAAGGUGGCAUGAAAUUGACAGGUGUCGACAAGUCAGAAGUUACCAAGGAAGACCGAGAAGCAGCAGACGUGGUGCGGAUAUGGAAAGAGCAGUUGGGACGAUUACGAUCUGCCAUUGCUGUUGCAAACCAGAGCAUGCGCGAAAGCUCCAAACACUUGGUCAUACCCGAGAUUAGUGAAGCUAUGCAUGUCAAGGCUCAAGACGGGGUUUUAACAGCACCUAAGCCCUGCGUCAUAUGUGGGUUAAAACGAGAAGAGAGAGUUAGUAAAGUUGAUCUUCAGAUCGAAGAUAGCUUUGGCGAGUGGUGGAUAGAGCACUGGGGUCAUCGAACUUGCAGGAACUUUUGGCAGGAGCAUGAGUCGAAGUUGAAGCAUCGGUGACAACUUACUUGUAGAUCUGGUAUAUAGGUCACAUAUGAAGCGCUGGGGUCUUUGAUACCUGGGGCAUAUGAACAUAAAGCGAGGAGUUGACUAUAUACCGCAUCCUCGGGCUCUUCAAAACUUCUGGAAAUCAUCUUUCUCUGUUUCUUUUAUAACUUUUGAGUUGUCAAAAUAUUCAGGCUGUAUAAAUCUUUGGC